AUGGAGAACUACCAGAAGAUGGAGAAGAUCGGCGAGGGCACAUACGGCGUCGUCUACAAAGCGCGCGACCUCACCACAAAAGACCACCGCAUCGUCGCCCUCAAGAAGAUCCGCCUCGAAGCCGAGGACGAAGGCGUCCCCAGCACCGCAAUCCGCGAGAUCUCCCUCCUGAAAGAAAUGAACGACCCCAACAUCGUGCGCCUGCUCAACAUCGUGCACGCCGACGGGCACAAGCUGUACCUCGUGUUCGAAUACCUGGACCUGGAUCUGAAGAAGUAUAUGGAGAGCCUUCCCGUGAGCCAGGGCGGGCGGGGCAAGCCGCUACCGGAGGGCUCGGGGAGCGUCCUGGGGUCGUUGGGCCUGGGCGAGGGCAUGGUGAAGAAGUUUACGUGGCAGCUUAUUGAGGGCGUGAGGUACUGCCAUAGCCAUAGGGUGUUGCAUCGGGAUCUGAAGCCGCAGAAUCUGCUCAUCGACAAAGAGGGAAACUUGAAGCUGGCGGAUUUUGGGCUCGCGAGGGCGUUUGGGGUGCCGUUGCGGACGUAUACGCAUGAGGUCGUCACGCUCUGGUACCGCGCCCCCGAGAUCCUGCUCGGCAGCCGCCAGUACUCCACCGGCGUCGACAUGUGGUCCGUCGGCUGCAUCUUCGCUGAGAUGUGCACGCGGAAGCCGCUGUUCCCAGGCGACUCGGAGAUUGAUGAGAUCUUCAAGAUUUUCAGAAUCCUCGGCACCCCCACCGAAGUCGACUGGCCCGGCGUAACCACCCAACCAGACUUCAAACCCUCGUUCCCCAAGUGGGCGCGCACGGACCUGGGGAUGCAUAUCCAAGGCCUCAGCGACGACGGAUUGGAUCUGCUUGACUGCCUCCUCGUUUACGAUCCCGCUGGGCGUAUUUCUGCUAAGCAGGCCAUUCAGCACCCGUAUUUCACGGAGGGGACGUUUGUGGGGGGACGGGGCGUGGGGGUGGGGAAUGGGUUCCAUUGA